CUCGCGUACCAAUUUCUUCUCCUUUCACCAAUUCAUCGAAGCGAAAUGAUUUCGAAAACGUUUAUCCGAAGAAUCCUCUGAGAAUUAAGCUUCGAUAUGAGCCGUCCGAGCUCCGGUCAAUUCGAGCUAGGUUUUCCUCGAACGAUGCCCAGUCCUUGGGGAGCGGCCCGCCGCCGGCAGGUAACGAGGCUUCGGAGUCGAGUUUUGCUGAGUUCAUCACUUCCGAGCGAAUCAAAGUCGUCGCGAUGCUCGGACUGGCUUUGGCACUCUGCAACGCCGAUCGAGUUGUUAUGUCGGUGGCGAUUGUUCCUUUGUCUCUGGCUCACGGAUGGAGCCGAUCUUUCGCCGGCGUUGUUCAGGUGACUUUGUUGAUUUAUUUCCCCCUGGUUCUUAAAAGUUUAGGCAUGCAUGAAUAGUAUGAAUAAUAGGUGUGAGGUUUUCGAAAGAAGCAUUAUGAAUAGAGAAUAAUGCUGGAGGGAAAAUUGGAAGCCAGAAAAAGGCUUCGAUUGGACUUAGUUCAAAAUUUGAGAACAUAAGGAAAGGAAAUUAUAAAAGAACUCAUUUUUCUUGUUUGGGUAUUCAGGACGUUGAGAAAGAAUAUAAAAUAUAUAGUUAAUUAAUUAAUGAAAAUUUACCUCGCAUGCCAUUGUUCUUUGAUUUUUUCUUAAUUUUUCCAAUCGAAAUUGAAUAAGUUUUUGUUUUUGAUCGUAGACUUUUGAAAAACACUAACCCUACUUUGGGAGCUUGGAUUUCAGGCAUUGGAUUUGAAUUUGUGUGGAUUUGGAAUUAACUAAGUAAAGAUUGAAAGAGAAGAUGUGCUUAUUUAUAUUCUACUUAGGACAAUUCAGUUGUCCAUGUAAACCCGAUCCUAGUAUGUGAAUGCCUGCCAUUGGGCUUCGAUAAAUCUAGUGAAAAAGACUUUGCUAACGAGAAAUUUGUUCCUGGUACAACAGUAUCAAUUGCUUUUUAUCACCUCUGAUUCAUUAAUAGCCACUAAUGGCAGUCAUCUUUCCUCUGGGGAUACCUAAUAUCUCCAAUAGCUGGGGGAGCUCUUGUGGACUAUUAUGGUGGUAAGAGAGUCAUGGCAUGGGGUGUGGCACUGUGGUCAUUAGCUACAUUUCUCACUCCCUGGGCAGCAGAAGCUUCUCUCUGGGCUCUGCUUGCCAUGCGGGUUUUGCUUGGCAUUGCAGAAGGGGUUGCACUUCCUUGCAUGAACAACAUGGUAGCAAGAUGGUUUCCUCAAACAGAACGAUCCAGAGCUGUUGGAAUCGCAAUGGGUGGGUUUCAGCUUGGAAGUGCAAUAGGACUUACUCUCUCUCCGAUCCUGAUGUCACAGGGUGGUCUCUUUGGGCCAUUUGUAAUAUUUGGAUUAUCUGGAUUCCUCUGGGUUUUGGUGUGGGUGUCUGCAGUAUCAAGUACUCCUAAUCAAAAUCCUCAAAUAUCAAAAUAUGAGUUGGACUAUAUACUAAAUAAGAGGCUUAUGGUAGAGAACAGACCCAAGGCAGGCAAAGUGAUACCUCCCUUUAGGCGCUUGCUUUCAAAGCUACCAACAUGGUCCCUAAUUGUUGCAAAUUCCAUGCAUAGCUGGGGAUUUUUUGUCAUUCUUUCAUGGAUGCCCAUUUACUUUAACACGGUAUAUCAUGCUGACCUAAGACAAGCAGCAUGGUUUAGUGCCAUUCCAUGGAGUGUGAUGGCAUUUAUGGGGUACUUUGGUGGUGUCUGGUCAGACAAAUUGAUACAGGGAGGUAUGAGUGUCACUUUGACUCGCAAAAUCAUGCAGUCAAUUGGUUUCAUUGGUCCUGGGAUUGCACUUGUUGGUCUAACUACAGCAAAGAGCGCAUCAAUUGCAUCUGCUUGGCUUACUUUAGCAAUUGGAUUAAAAUCUUUCAGUCACUCGGGUUUUCUUGUGAACCUUCAGGAGAUUGCUCCACAGUAUUCUGGUGUUCUACACGGAAUUUCCAAUACUGCAGGAACAUUGGCUGCUAUAUUGGGGACAGUUGGAGCUGGUUUCUUUGUUGAUCUGGUGGGAUCAUUCCAGGGGUUUCUCUUGCUUACAUCUCUCUUGUAUGUUCUUUCUGCACUUUUCUAUGACUUCUUUUCUACUGGGGAGAGAGUCAAUUUUGAUGAAACAGCUGCUUCAUAAACCAGAUUUGAAAGAAUGCCUAUUCCAUGAUGAUGAACAUUUCCAAUUGCAGAAGCAAAUGCAGUGAUGAAUCCUUGGCAUAUUUGGGUCGGAAAUCCCCGCCAUGCUGAGGUUUUACUCUUUAUUUUUUUUCUUGGGACUGAAAAAUGAGAAUGUAUUAUUGUAUAAAUUGUAGUGGAGAUGAUUAUUAAAAUAAAUAAAGUCAUACUGGGGACGUCUCCACUUCUGGCUACUCGCAGAAGAAGAACAAAGUUAGUUUUGGGUGAUUCAAGGGUUUGAAAAUAUCAGUUGGAAGUGGUGUUAACAUCUUAGUUUCAUCUGUGUAUAAAGCAAAAAAUACUAUUUUCGCUGCUCAUGUUGUGAGAUGUAGGUCAAAACUAACCACUAAGAGUUCCCGUUUUCAGAA